AUGGCGCUGUCUAGCGGCAACGAUAUCGAGCGGAGCUCGUCCAAGAGCUCCGUCUCCCCCUCCCCUCGUAACGACGAGGAGAAGGUGACCCCGGCCGGCUCCCUCAUCGGAGACCGCGAGGGCUCCAUGACGACCAUUGGCAAGUCCGACUGGACUCACCGCAACCUGAAGCCCCGCCACAUCCAGCUCAUCGGUAUCGGUGGUACCAUUGCGACUGCUCUCUUCAUCCAGAUCGGUAACGGUCUGAUGGCCGGUGGACCGGCCAGUUUGUUCCUUGCCUUCGUCAUCUGGUGUACUUUCAUUCUCGCGACGACCGUCUCCAUGGCCGAGAUGGUCUCCCACCUGCCCAUCUCCUCGCCCUUCAUCCGUUUCGCCGGCCGUUACGUCGAUGAGGCUCUGGGGUUUGCCGCCGGGUGGAAUUUCUGGAUCUACGAGGUCGCCCUGGCUACUUUUGAGGUCACGGCUUGCAACGUCAUCAUCCACUUCUGGAGCGAUGUCGUCCCUGCCGGGGCCAUGAUCGCCAUUGUCAUUAUCCUGUAUGCCCUGAUCAACCUGCUGGCUGUCGAGUACUACGGCGAGACCGAGUUCUGGGCCGCGCUCGGCAAGAUGAUGCUCAUCACGGGCCUGAUCAUCUUCACCUUCAUCGUCAUGCUGGGCGGCAACCCGCAGCACGACCGCUUCGGCUUCCGCUACUGGCAGAACCCUGGCGCCUUCAACGAGAAGUUCACCACGGGUGACCUGGGCCGCUUCCAGGGCUUCCUGGGCGCUCUCAUCGUGGCUGCCUUCACCAUUGCCGGCCCCGACUACGUCUCCAUGGCGGCCGGUGAGGCCGAGAACCCCCGCGUCAGCAUGCCCCGCGCCUACAGCACCGUCUUCUACCGUCUGGCCGUCUUCUUCGUCUUCGGCUCCCUGGCCGUCGGCAUCCUGGUCCCGUACAACGACCCCGAGCUCAAGGCCGCCCUGGGCGAGGGCAAGGCCGGCGCUGCCGCCUCUCCCUUUGUGGUUGCUAUGAACCGCCUUGGUAUCCCGGUCCUGCCACACAUUGUCAACGCGCUGAUGCUGUCGUCGGCUUUCUCUGCUGGUAACUCGUAUGUCUACUGCUCGUCCCGCUCGCUCUACGGCAUGGCCCUCGAGGGCAAGGCGCCCAAGAUCUUCACCAAGGUGACCAAGGGCGGCGUGCCCGUCUACUCGGUGCUCUUCUGCCUGUCCAUCACGCUGCUGUCCUUCCUGCAGACCAACAACAACGCCGCCGUCGUGCUCAACUGGUUCGUCUCGCUGGUCACGGCCUCACAGCUCAUCAACUUCCUGGUCAUGUGCGUCACCUACAUCGGCUUCUACCGCGCGUGGAAGGCGCAGGGCCGCACGCGCGACCCCAAGACGGACCGCGGCCGCCUGCCCUUCAUCGGCUGGUGGCAGCCCUGGACGGCCAUCUACGGCGCCAUCGGCACCUUCUGGAUGACCUUCAUGUCCGGGUACGAGGUGUUCCUUCCCGGCCAGUGGAAGGUGACCAACUUCUUGUUCUCAUACCUGGCCGUCAUGAUCUUCCCCGUGCUGUACCUGGUCUGGAAGCUCAUCCACCGGACCAAGCUGCACAAGCCGCACGAGGUCAACCUGGACGGCGAGAUUGCCGAGAUCCUCGAGUACGAGAAGCAUUAUGUUCCUGAGGAGCCCAAGAACAAGUUCAUCAAGGCUUUUAACUGGGUCUUCAGCUAG